CCGGCCUAGCUCUGCAUAUUAUAUACAUUGAGAUCAUCAAAUUAAUAAUUACUUCGCCUAUCUAUCCAUCAAUCAUGAAGACCCUUUCACUCAUGAUCUCCUGCCUUGCCUUGGCCUCCCUUUUUAUCUCUGGUGCUCAAUCCGCUAGAAUAACUUUCACCAACAACUGUCCCAAUACCGUCUGGCCAGGAACCCUUACCGCUGAUCAGAAACCUCAACUAUCAAUAACUGGAUUUGAGUUAGCAUCCAAAGCAUCCACAUCCCUAGAUGCCCAAGCUCCAUGGAAAGGCCGUUUUUGGGCACGAACUGGUUGCUCCACGGACGCCUCAGGAAGGUUCUCUUGCACGACUGCGGAUUGCGACUCCGGACAAGUUGCAUGCAAUGGCAAGGGAGCAAUCCCGCCAGCAUCUUUGGUAGAAAUCAACAUAGCAGAAAAUGGUGGGAAAGACUUUUACGAUGUCAGCCUUGUCGACGGCUUCAACUUGCCUGUUUCAGUGAGCACAGAAGGCGGGAGUGGUGAUUGCCAGACCUCGAGUUGCCCGGCCAAUGUGAACUUGGUUUGCCCAGAAGUGCUGCAACUGAAAGCCGCAGAUGGGAGCGUGAUCGCAUGCAAGAGCGCAUGCCUAGCGUUCAAUCAACCACAAUACUGCUGCACUGGCAAUUUCAAUACUCCACAAACAUGUCCUCCCACGAACUAUUCCAUGAUCUUCGAGAACCAGUGCCCUCAAGCUUAUAGCUACGCUUAUGAUGAUGUGAAUAGCACCUUCACCUGCUCCGGUGCACCUAAUUACAUUAUCACUUUCUGCCCUUGAAGUACUUGAUCAUGAGAUGAGAUCAAGAAUUAUGCAUGCAUGCAUAUUACAUGCGUUCUGAUCUGGUCUUUAUAAUAAUAAUCGACUGUGUAACAAAUGAUAAUGAAUUACUACAUAAAUAAAUGGGAAAAUCAUAUAAAUUUCUUGUGCU